ACGGCGUAUUUCCUCGAAACCAUCUGGAUUGUUGAUAAGUCAGAGUUACUGUUGAAGCACAUCUUUUGUGCAGGAAUCUUUACAGAUUCAGCUUGAAAUACCUUAAUUUUUUGCUAAUCAUGAAGCAGGCAUGUAUAAAUAUGUGCAUGGAUGGUGCCAAAUCUACUUGUACAUCUUAGUGUUCUGAAAAACCCAGGAACAUCUUUGGAGCUGCACAAUCCAAGACCAGUUGCCACGGAAGUCUCCUUGCUGAAAUGUGCUGAGCAUUUGGAUCGGGUGUCGUCUAGAAUAGUAGGUUCAAUAUAGCUGUGUUAAUCUGUACAUCAUGUUCCUUGAAGCAUAGACUACAUCCUAGAGGUUACGAAAUACCUGAGCAACAAAGAUCCGCGCCUUCUGCAAUCAAGGCUUUAGAUCCAAUUAUUCGGAUUGUAUCCAACUGCUGGUGGUGGCUCCAAAUCAACGAUGAGGAAGUUUCGCACCUCGGCACAUUCGCAGAUGAGAUCAAUGUUCCCUUCUACCAAGGGCAUAACUAUUAUUCUUGUAGAAUUUUAAUAUCUUACUUUUAAUUAAUAGAAGGUGAAAGACCCCUUACGCCCCAUCUGAGUCAUUCUCAGUCUUAGCAACAUGGUGUAUGUAGCAACAGUAUAGUAUCUUUUCCACGAAAAACGAUUUACAGUAACCCGACUGGGUGGGGGAACAUAAAAGUUCUUUACACGAACUGUCACGAGUUUCUGUUCAUAGAAAAAUUCAUAAUUAUUGCUUAACUAUCAGUGAUUUUGUUCACAUCCAUGGUCAAAAGAUUGACCUUAAGUGGCGAGUUCACAGUUCUCUGCGGAGUUUGUUUAGGGGAAUUUCAUACUUUCGGACUGGGAGUCGCUAGUAAGAAUAGGAUUGCCUGAUAUAUUGACUUAAGUGAGUAUUCCUCAUGAGCAGGUUCUGUGUACAUCACCUCUUUCAGGAGUUUAAUUUAGCAGGCUAACCUCCUGAUCGAGCUUACCCAACCAUCUGCUAAAUAGCGUUUCUGGAGAAAAUGUAGACGUACAGCCUAUGCUUAGUAAUUGUAUUUUUCUUGCCUGGGGACUAGCGUCAAGAACUUUAGGGAGAGGCGGAGUGGUCGCUGGCUGUUUGCAGCAGACGAAUUGACCAAUAGUUAUGAUCCUUGCAAAUGAGCGCGUUUAAAUGGUUAUGUGGUCACAUUCCCAAUUCCAUUUUGCAUCUUGCAUCUCGAACUAUCGAGAUACAAUGAGACUGUUGGAGCGAAACGGCAGCAGCAGCUGCAUUGUGGACCGUUUUCACAUGAGUUCUCUCUCUCUCUCUCUCUCUCUCUCUCUCUCUUUGUUGCCCUGUAACCGUCCCACUUAGACAAACCUCUUCACCUUCCCUCAUCUCUAUCCAUUCUACACAGGUAGCUACAUUCGAUCUCACGAAGGUUUCUGCAGUAAAAGUUAGAACAAAUUGCAGAUAAUUUUGAUGAUCGCAUGGCCAAUCCGAGUUUGCUACUCCAACUAUUCCAGGGAAAAGAUUGCACUUGCAGGAAUUGUGCAGGAAUUCAGGAAAAGAUUAUAUUGUUCCUAUGAUCAUAUGCAAUGGUUUAGGGUCAUAUCGCGGAAGCUUUUCUUAGCUACACAUACUCCUAAACCUGAUUUGCUCACAGCCCGAGAACUCUCUCAUCCCAGGAUGAGGUUCAUUCGACACAGAUUCGCACCUGCAUCAGCGCAGACAAUACGUAUUCAAUAGGAAACGUGUGCUGAGGUGGAAUUAUUACCGGUGUGUGGUGACGAAGUUGCCUCUACCUAUUGUUUUCCAGCGGCGAUGUAUUCCUACAGGCUUAUCAUCAGCAGCAGGAGCACCUUUGUCUCACAGUACUUUUAUUAAGUAUUACAAUGCAGGUCCUUACAGGUUAGACAGCAUGGCAGCAGCCGACAUCGCUGGGGAGAUGCUCGUCAUCGAUUAUGCGAACCACAGGUUUAAAGGCAAACCACCACCCCGUAUGGCACCCCAGUCCUUAUCUUGCUUCGACCAGACGAUACCCGUAUCAGCUAUUCGGCAACCUGGUAAACAUGAACUCUGCAGGCUCCUUAACAGCGAACUGCCAUAUUGGUCACCGUCUUGUGAAUUCAGGUACAAAGUAGGAAGGAAAUAUCCUAAAAACUAUACAAAAAAGGGAGAUGGGGAGAAGAUCGUGAAAGGAAUCUGUCCGCCUUGUUCAAAACUCAGGAAGGCCUCGGCACCAGAAGCUGGAGGUUUCAGGGAAAGAGACAACCCUCCCAAUACUCUAUUCAGAAAAUGCUACCAGCGAGGUGACUUGCCUUUGGCCAUCGAUCACAACCAAACCAGGCUGUGCAUCAACUGGAAGGUUGAACUGGCGAAAAUGGAUUACCACUACUACUUGCCUCUCUUCUUUGAUGGUGCGCGUGAGAAGGAAGAUCCCUACCGGUUCCUCGCUGUGAAGGGGAUCGAGGACCUUCUUAAGGCUGGGAAAGGAAAGAUCUUGCCAGUUAUACCUCAAUUGAUUGUUCCAAUUAAAAACGCACUCAAUACACGAGAUAAGAAAAUCAUGGGUGUCACGCUCCAGCUUUUGAUCAAGUUGGUGCAAUCAGAGGAGAUGAUUGGAGAGUCACUGGUGCCCUACUACCGCCAGCUUUUGCCUAUCCUGAAUGUUUAUAAGAAUGACACUUUGAACAUUGGCGAUUCGAUCGAUUAUGCGCAGCAAAAGAAUCGCACCAUGGGAGACCUUGUACAAUCUACGCUGGAGAUUUUUGAGAAACACGGCGGUGAUGACGCCUUCAUCAACAUCAAGUACAUGAUUCCGACUUAUGAAUCUGCCGUUCUAUCCUAGUUCGUUCCAUUCCCCAUGAAAACUCGAACUUUUAAUGCAAAAACUUAGAAACUUAAAAACUUGAAAACUUUUAGUGCUCUUUUAUCACAAAAGAGCACUUAGACCGAUCACCCUCAUCUUGAUCAAACCCUGGUGUCGAGGUCACGGCGGAUUUCACGAGUGAUACCACUCGAAAAGGUCCCAGCACUUGGAUUCCAAACCGUAUUACUCAUUGGCGAUUUCAUGGUACAGAUGAUCUUCCCCCAACCGACUGUAACAAUCGUUUAAAUUUUGCCGUCACCAUCAGGAAUGUAGGUGGAUUUAGAUGUCAAAGCAGGUGAAAAUAAUAAAGAAGGGGACCGUUUCUUCAUCAUCUCUACAACGGUGUUACUAAUUACUGUAUCAAGAUAUUGUUGACUCGUAAUCGUUGUGAAACUUUUCCGAUGGAGACGCUGCUCACUAACUCUAGAUAAUGCAAGUUCCUUGCCAUGGCACUGAUCAUUAUGUUUCCUCUUUUUCAAACGGCGCGGCACCCGCUAGUCUCUGGGAGAUAGGCGGGAGGAAAUGCGCUGAUGGAUCGUCCAGGUUUUAGCGAGUCAUUUUCGCAUGCUCAGUGAAGUAGAGUAACAGAGGCAAAUGAAGGCGGUGGACACAGCGCUCAAAACCUACGUGGAACGGCAAAGCCAACUGUUAACGAGGAGAACAUUGUUAUUUGGACUAGUCGGAGCAUGAUUCUAGUGCACGAUUCAAUUGAGAUGUUCUGUCUUGACUUGGGAGUGGAGUCGGAUCUUGAGAUUGUGUGAACACAAUUCGGAACCUUCUAUUGUGUUACAGUUUAUGAAUGUAAAAUUUGCCUGGCAUCUGUUAUGCUCAUUGGGAUCGAAUCUGUAGUCAACCAGGACUUCUGCAAAAGAACUCCUCACGCUUUAGAUCCCAAUCGACGGAUACUCAAAGCAGUUCUAUGUCAACAAGGGGACUCACCUUGUGAUAAUACGGAAACGUCGCCAUGCCAAGAAAGGGUUCUUCAAACAAUUGUACAAGACCACAAGGGUGCAUGGUAGGAGUGGGCAGGAGGCGAAGGGGAAGGGUUUGGGUUGAGGGUGCUUCCAGUGACGCUCCUCGCCGCACUCGGCGUCACUGGAACGAAGGUGUAGGAGUAGGAGCUGGCCCCGUUUAGUUCAAACCGCCAGAACCAAAAACCAAAUCGGUUUGGUUCAAACUGGGACGAUUUAUUUUGGUGCGGUUCAGGUUUGGAAUGAUUCAAGCAAAGCUUAAACUAGUUCCAAACCAAUUUGGAUCUUGCAGUGGCGCCACAGCAGAGGGUUGCAAUAUUGGUCAAAAGGCCGGAUAAGCUGUUUUCAUUCUUGAUUUUUGAUCCGUGAGGAGGUACCACUAACGAAGUCACUAAAGAUGGGUGAUAUGCAUGCUCUUUCAUAUAUAUAUAUAUAUAUAUGUGCAUAUACUUAUUAUUAGGGCAUUUCCCUUAAAUACCUUAUGCAACCUAUUUAGGAAUCAUAGUUAAGAUUUAUUUAGGAGACAUAAGGGAUGCUAUUAAGAAUUGUGGUAAAUGCUUGCUUUAAGAGCAUUCAAGAUGGGAAAGUGUUUGUAAAAAUUAAUGCUUUCUAAAGAAAGAAAGUAGAGCCAAAAACUAUUUUAUUUGGAAUUUUAUAGUUGAA